AUGGAGAACAACGUCCACCCGCAGGUUGGUUCAAAGCGACCGCUCUCGGAGACGAUCUCACAACCUAGCCAACAAGCGCUCGCUGUGUCUUCGGCCCCACCGCCAGCCGCGAGCGCGGCUGCGGCUGCCGCGUCGGGGUCUUCCUCGGUAGCGACGACAGCGUCGAACGGUGGCGCGGCGGUGGCGGGGAGCGAUGAUCCUAAGCCCGGCAGGUCGAAGGCGGCCUACGGGCCGGACAUGCGGAUCCUGGAGGUGACCAACAACGGCGAUCCCUCCAACAUGGAGAUGCUUAUCCACCUCAAGGAGAUCUUCCACCAGCAGUUGCCCAAGAUGCCCAAGGAGUACAUCGUGCGCCUCGUGUUCGACCGCAAGCACCACUCCAUCGUGCUCACCAAGAAGGGCGUCCCAAUCGGCGGCAUCACGUACCGCCCCUUUGUCGAGCAGAAGUUCGGGGAGAUCGCGUUCUGCGCGGUGGCCAGCAACUCGCAGGUACAAGGGUACGGCAGCCGCCUCAUGAACGAGCUCAAGAUGGUGGCCAUCAGAGAAGACUUGUCCCACUUCCACACGUACGCCGACAACUACGCGAUCGGGUACUUCGCGAAGCACGGUUUCACGAAGAACCUGACCAUGUCUCGCGACAGAUGGUUCAACUACGUGAAGGACUAUGACGGCGGGACGCACAUGGAGUGCUACGUCCACCCCACGGUGCCGUACAUGAAGCAGGCCGAGAUGUUCGAGAUCCAGAGCCAGUUCCUCAGGGAGCGCAUCGCCGACAUCUCGUCCAGCAAGGUCGUGCACCCCGGCCUAUCCGAGGAGGCAUUCCACAGCCUCGAGCACCAUAUCGACAUCCCAGGGGUUGCCGAGGCCGGGUGGACUAUGGACGAGCUCAACGCGCAGAACCGUCGCAAGAGGGACGGGGACGCGCUCGCCGUCAACAAGGAGCUGCUGGCGAUCUGGAGGGAGCUCGAGAAGCACGACGUGGCCUGGGUGUUCCGCGAGCCGGUAGACCUGACGGAGGUCACAGACUACACCUCCAUCAUCGAACGUCCCAUAGACCUGAGCGUGAUCCGAGAAAACCUCGACGAGCUAGACCCGAAGCCUUUCUACUUGAACAAGGAGCAGCUUCGCGAAGACCUGGACCUCAUGAUCCGCAACUGCAAGAAGUACAACGGGCAGGAGACCGAGUUCUGGGCGGCCGCCGAAACGAUGGAAAAGUUCAUCGCCGAGAUCUACGAUCGAUCGUGACGUUGGCACCGACCUCCUGCUAUAACUAUUACUAGAAUGCUACAUACCCUGAUUGUACCACAAGCAGAUGACUGAUUGACGCGUGGAUUUGGUCAUCGUGCUUUUGUUGUUUCGCCUCGUUUGUGUAAAGAUUUGUCCGCGCCCUCCCGCACUUAUGGUGGCGCAUGUUGCAAGUUGUGGUAGUGUUGAUUCCUGCCGGUGCUUUGCUGCCAUCGGAGACUUUCUGCGCUCCACGCUGGGAGCCAGGGAGGUACGCCGUCUGGCUGGGCGAGCGAAUUUAUUUUCUAGAUUUCGAGUGUACAGAGGGGGAGGGGGGAGGCGCAGGGGAGGACGAUGAUGAGUGAUGAUGUGGUUUUUCCGAGACCACCCACGUAGGAGGCGAGCGCUGGAAAGGAGGAAGAGAGUUUGUUGUGCCACCACGCACGAGGCACAUCGGUGCGUGGGCAUGCGGGGUUGGGAAUCCAAUUUCGAGCAACGGGAGGGGGCGUAGGCUAAAGGGGCGACGAUCUCGGUGUUGGCGUAUUAACUCGCGGCCUUGGUGUGUUGCUGCUG